UGGCACUUGAAGCUGGCCCAUCUGAAUGAGGAUGCCAUGAUGAGAAUGGUGAGGGAAGGCUUGGCUGAUGGCUUGGGCGGGUUGACUUUGAAUGACUUUAGGCGGACGCCGCUCAACUGCAUUGCCUGUCAAGAAGCAAAGGACAAGAGAAUGUCGUUCAAGCGCCAACAAGGGAAGCGU